AUAUACACACACACACACAUAUCUAUUAUAUGCCCAUGUGUGUGUAGUAUAAAUCCAAGCCCUCCACAGCUUAAGUUUUGAACAAUUAUUCAAAAAGAAAACGAGAGAGAGAGAGAGAAAGAGUGAAUAAAUAAACCAAGUUAUAUUAGAUCAAGAUCAGAGAGAUAUUAAUAUGGCCGAUCAUCAGGCAAAUCCUGGUAGUACUACUUCUGCUACAAAUGCGAAUCGCGAGAAUGAAGUGUUCGAUCCACCAUACGAAUGGACCAAAGAGGGCGGUGUUGAUAAUCUUCUUGUCUUUUUACCUGGGUUCCAAAAGGACAGGCUGAAAAUACAAAUAACGUCAACUGCAAAACUGAGGGUAAGCGGGGAUCGUCCGAUCGGCCACAACAAAUGGCGUCAGUUCGUGAAGGAAUUUCCACUCGCAGACGACAGCGACACCAACAAGAUCGCCGCCAAAUUCGAAGGCGGAAUUCUUUACAUCAAAGUCCCCAAAGCCAUCCCCAUUAGCGCCACAACUCCUAAGGAAACUGCUAAACCAAAACCAACGACACCAAAACCAACGACCCCAAAACCAACCUCGGAACCAGCAGAACUCGUUGAACCCACCAAAACUCCAAAGAAGACCCCAACUCCCCCUCCUAUUACUGCUGAUCAGCGUCAGCCGCCCCAGCCACGGGAUCAGCCUCAGCCGCCCCAGCCACGAGAUCAGCCUCAGCCGCCGCAGCAACAGAAAGAAGUUGUUCCACCGAAGCCCGUGGCGGCGCCUCCGGUGGACAAGCAACAAGAAAAGGCAGUACCGGCCAAUGCUGAGAAGAAGGAUCAUGUCAAAGAAGUUGCACCCAAUGACAAGAAAGCUUCGGAUCAGAAAACGUUUGAGAAGGCAGAGAAGGUCACACCACCACCACCGUCGGCGGCGGCGGGAGGCGGUGCUACUACUAAACCGGAGAAAAAGCCGGUUCCAGAUGGAUCGGAUCCUAAAAAGGCUGCGGAGAAAAAAGCCCGUGAUGUUGUUGAUAGAUCUGCGCCUAAACCGGCUGAUUCAGAGGCUGCUGGACGAAAGAAGAGGAUUGUGAAGAAUCCGGCGAUUUUGGUCAACGUGGCGGUGGCAGCUCUGAUUAUUGUUGUGCUUGCUUUAUAUGCGAAGAAUGCUUUCAGGUUUUUUGAACAAUCCAGUAGCUCGGCCUCGGCGGACCUAUAAUUGGUAUAUGCGUUCAUGAAAGUACGUAAACAUGUUAGCAUGCGCUGCAUGCACGUAAAUUAAUACUAUAUGCACAAGGUUGUUUAAUAAGGGGGGCAUUUGCUAGUAGAAGGUGGUCUGGCGGAUUUAUUAUAUGUUGUUUUUUUUCUUUUUCCCUUAUCAUGUGUAAUUGACUUAAUUAUGAUAUUUGAUUGAAAUAAACGAUGGUAUUUGUUGUGAGCUUUUAA